AUGGCUCUUCAACCGGCCACCUCAUCAAGCACACCCCCAAUCUCGGAACUGCCGAUCACCAAGACCAGCUCAGACUCGAUGCUCGACUCAAUCCUGUCUCAAAACCCAUACUUUUCAGCAGGUUUCGGUUUGAUGGGCGUAGGCGUAGCACUUUCAGGCCUCAAACGAUCUUCAACUCUCUUGUUCAACCUAGCCCAACGAAGACUACUGGUCACGCUCGAAAUAUCAUCCAAAGAUCGCUCAUACCUCUGGUUCCUGAAUUGGAUGUCGAAACAAAGUCGAAAGAACUCGUCCACCAAUCAACUUGCCGCCGAGACUAGUUAUCGACAACUGUCGGACGGCACUCAUGAGGUUGACUUUGCCCUCGUUCCUGGUCCUGGAAAUCAUUAUUUCAAGUUCCAAAGGGCUUGGUUUCAAGUCAAGCGGGAGCGAGACGGAAAAUUGAUCGAUCUCAACUCAGGCACACCAUGGGAAACGUUGAUGCUCACGACUCUAUCUCGAGAUCGAAAGUUGUUAGUAGACCUUUUGAAAGAAGCCAAAUCAGUUUCAAUGCGAACAGAAGAGGGAAAGAUAGUGAUCUAUACCUCUUCAGGUGGAGCUGAAUGGAGACCGUUUGGUCAACCUCGGACAAAAAGGCCCCUGAGCUCUGUCGUCUUGGAUCAGGGCAUCAAAGAGAAUUUGGUGGCUGAUAUCAAGGAGUUUAUGGGCCGGGCCCGCUGGUAUGGUGAUCGAGGUAUUCCAUACCGGAGGGGCUAUCUAUUACACGGGCCACCUGGUUCUGGAAAAUCUUCGUUCAUAUUCGCUCUCGCUGGCGAACUGCAAUAUCACAUCUGUGUCCUCAAUCUUUCUGAACGAGGGUUGAGUGAUGACAAGCUAAAUCACCUCCUCACCAAUGUGCCCGAACGAAGUGUGAUCCUUUUAGAGGAUGUCGAUGCGGCCUUCCUUGGUCGUGAUGGAAGGGAACAGAUGAAGAUCAACAUAACUUUUUCAGGACUACUAAAUGCGAUCGAUGGAGUGACAUCGACGACCUCACAAAGAUUGAUAUUUAUGACGACGAACCAUCUCGACAGACUAGAUCCGGCGUUAAUCCGCCCCGGGCGGAUCGAUGUGUCACUCCAGAUCGGCAAUGCAACGCUUCACCAGACCCUCGAAUUAUUCCAAAAGUUUUAUGACGAGUCGAAGUUAGUAGACGAGAUGGAGAAGAAAGUCAUCGAGGUUUUUCGGAAGGGUGGCCAGUUUAGUAUGGCUGCUUUACAAGGCCUGUUCAUUCGUUGUCGGGAGGGUAAGGAGGCUAUCAAAGAUUUCGAUCAGAUCGUUGAAUAUCCUCAAGUACUUGCUUAG